UUUCGUCCCCUUUGGCUUUCCAUCCACCUCUCAAGGAGCGGCGACGUGAUUCUUCUGUAUGUAUUUUUUUUUCUUUCCAUCGCAGCUCCAUUACGCGUGAGAAAUGUGAAGUGAUCACAGUCUAUGAUCGCGGAAACGGAGGGGAGGAAAAAAACAACACAAGACAGGUGAAUGAAGACAGAGUUUAAUCAGAUGGACUGAAGAGGAGGAGAUGAAAUCACGCCGUUAAUAUGAUGCGCUUUCUGCUGGACUGCCUGAGGCCGGGACGCCAGCGCGCUGGCUGCGGCAGAGAAAACUCAGUGGAAAUCCCAACCAAAGAGAUAGACCCUCGUGAAGAAAAUGAACUCAAGGAUCUGGAGGACGUGGUGGCGAUGGAGGAAGGGGCUCUGCAGAGAGACAAGGCUCAGUCCCGGGACAGUCAGCAGGCCCUCGAGGACCUGGCCAAGAGGAGAACGCAGCUGAAAGAGGAAAUUGAACGCAUCCAAGAGCAGCGCAAGCAGGAGGGCCAGCUGCUCCUGUCCCUGCAGGAAGAGCAAGAGGAACUGGAACAGAGAGUGCAAGAAUAUGACACUGAGCUGACGAGAGCUCGAGAGGAGCUGCGGCGCCUCCAGGAGGAGAUCAGCAGCACCAGAACGAGGGUGGAGGAGGUGCACGGACUCAUGGGGCCGCUCAAGCACUGCAUCGGAGACACGUACACGGAGAUUACUGAGGCUAAACAGAGACUAGGUGAACUGAUUACUGAGAUGAUCGCCAUUGAAGCAUGUGCUCCAGAGAUCACGUCCCAGAUGUCAGAAACCAUAAGCAGUUCCAGAGAGGAAGACGAGGAUGAUGACGAGCACGGCAACUGCGUCUACGAGGAAGUAAAAGCGAUCAGACAUCACAGUGUGGAAAACGAACCUUCUGAGCAGGAACACGAAGAAGGACCUGAGAAACUGCAGCGCUCUGCUGAGAACUUGAAAAGCAGUGGAUCGUCUUCAUUCACCGAGAUCACUUUGACAGAGUUUAAAGACGAGGAUGCGUCACCCAGAUCGAUAACUUCACAGCACACAGGCUCUGCUGAUCUGGGGGAAGAGGAUUUUGAAAUCGUCCAGUCCCUCAUGUCCAGACCGGUUAAUCAAAGUUCUAGCAAGGAGUUUGACUUCUUCAACCCAGACCCUUUUGUUGAUUGUGAUGUGUUCGGAGAUGAACGCUUCCCGAAAGUGGAUAUGACAGAAUUCCUGUCAGGUGAUCCAUUCAAAGGCAGCGACCCCUUUGCUAGCGAUAACAUGUUCAGUGAGGUAGCAAACGGGCCAUUUCCUCAGGAUUCUCCCCUCAGUGAAGAAAGUGAUGCUAAAGAAUUCACCCCUCUGCCCUUGAGUCCUGAAACUGCUAAUAAAGAAGACCAUGCUGAUAUUUCAAAUGUUGCUAAUAUUCCAGCUAGUUCUAACUGCAGUCAGUCCAUUGACUCCGGGAUGUUUGAACAAAACGUCCCUGAGCUCGCUGAUUCUGAGAAACACACAUCAUAUGUUGACAUCUGUCCUCAGGUUGGAAUCGAAAUCACAGUGACCCAAGAGCUCGACAAUGUGGAAGUGUGUAACACCAAACGAAACGAGUCGGAUCUACCUGCAAGGUCAGAGAUUGAAGAUGGAGGACGUUUUGACCCUAUUGUUUGUGAAUAUAACGACAUUCAAGAAUCUGAAUCCAGUUCCACAGUUGACAGCUCCUUUGAUGGAGAUUUUGGCAUGGCUGAAGAUCAUCCAGAGGAAGAGCCAGAAGUUGAGGCAGGACCCAGUUAUGUUAGAAGGAAUCAAGUGCUGUACGGACUUCAGCGGAUUGAUACAAGCUCGUACACAAGUUUUCCUCUCAGUCCUGAGGCAUAUGAUCCAGAGCCAUUUCCUGGUAGCAGUAACAUAGACGAGAAACAAGCUUCCUUCAGUUCCAGUCUCAAAACUGACAGUGAAAAAAAGAUUGAGAUGGAAUUCCCUGGAACUGUUGAUACCGGUAAUCCAAGUCCUCCCUGUCAAGAAAUCCAUGAGCUAAUCAGUGAUCCUUGUGAUAUUGAAAGAGAGCUCAAAGAAGAUCAUUUCAGUAAUACAAACGACGAAAGUCAUCACGAAGAACCGUCCGACUCAGACGACCACAAAUUUGGAGAUAUAUAUUUCUUCACAGUCCGGUUAGACCCCGGUAGUUCUGACACUAGCCCCAUUUCUCCUGAAGUAAGCGAGAAAAAGAAAUCUGAGGGUGACCAUGUGAGUCCUGAGUCUAUUGAAACAUACGAAUUUAACUAUGUUGCUCCAGAGAAUGAGGACCCAAUGCAGCAUAGUUUUGAAGAGGAAAGCUUUGACAAAGAAGAAUACGAGGUCAGACCAGAGCAACGCCCCAUCAGUCCUGAACCAAACGAACCAGUUGAGUCUGAGGCAAAGAAUCUAACUUCACUUACCAUUUCUCUUGAAACAAAAGACCAAAAUGCUGGUCUUGACCCCCUUGAAAGCAGUAUGUCUGAUUUAGAGAGCAAUAGUGCAUUAAAGCCCCAAUCAGAUAAUUCAGAAAAUGUUGACCAAGCUUGUACUGUGGAUAUAAAUUCAGAGUGUUGUAAUACAGAGCCUGUAGUUCAGUACCUCAUUAGCCCUGUCUCUGGUGACAGUGGGAUGUUCGCGACUGAUGGUUACAAGCUUUGUACUCGCAAUCCAUUCAGCUUUGACACUGGCAGCAUAGAUCACUGUGAGAAUACUGACAGGAAUCCUGAGCCUCCUACCUCUGAAACUAUCAUUAUAAAGGAAUCUGGCUCAUCUGAGGCAAAUCUCCAAAGUUUGGUUUUACUGGAUUCAUUACUCAUUGGUAAUCCAAUGCAUGAAUUUGAAGCCAAGAAUCCAAACACUGAUAGUGGAAGACUAGAUUCUGGGUAUCAUGAAUUUUGUGGACUGGAUCCUUUCAGUCCCACACCAACAGAUUCACGUCCAGUAUCUACAGAAAUGGGUUCAGGCUCUGUAAUUGACAAUGUAGACAUAGAGCCCAAUCCCACCAAUUUGGAUAUACAGGUUCCUGAUCCCUUUAGCCCUGAAUCCAAUGAUACAAAUAUAUUUGAUUCUGAGCCUGAUACCUGCAACCCUGCCACCAAUGAUGAGAUAAUGAAAGAUUCAAGUUUUGGAUGUACUGGUUCUUCUGACGUCCUUGCCGAUUCCUUUAGCGGAUCCGAGCUUGACAGUUUUGACCCCUUCAGUCCGAUGCCCCACCUUACAGGAAGUAGUUACACUCACUGCAAUACAGACAUCCUUGUCCCUGGAUCUGUCCAAGAUGAUUCCAUAUCUUAUGGAGAUAACAGGUCUAGUAACUGGGACUUUGGAGUUAGUCAGUCUCCUCAACUACACUGCAAUUCUGCACCAAACAAAGCAGAUCCCCUCGUACCAGCCGAGGCUAACUUGAUUAGCCCUGAUACCCAAAACUUAAACUAUUCACCCGGUGACUCGAUGACAGACUUUUUUUUCCAGUCUGAUUCCAGUAGCUUGACCGAUGUUGAUUCUUUUACACCCAACGGUAAGAAAAUAACUAUGCCGAACAAAAAUACCACAGUAAGUGUCACAGCCAUGGAAGACCUUGCCGAAAUAGAUUUCUUUUGCUCAGAGCUCAGCAAAAUGGUGGCCUCACAUUCUUCUGAUUCCGUACAGCAAAGCGUUACAGAAAUGCUUUUUGGCUCUAAUCCGGACACUGCCAAGUUCUAUCCAUGGGAUUUGGAAAACAGCCACGCUGAUAUUAAGGAGACCUCAAGUCCAGAAGAUGAGACUGAGCAUCCUAGCUUGCUAUGAUGGAGGGGACACUCCUAAAAACACAUGUAGUAGUUUUAGAGAAGCUUCUUCUGUUCUCUAUUAGAAAUCUGAGCUCAUACUUCCAGGAAAUAAAAUGAUCAUCAUAAUGACCGAACAGAACUUUGAACAUACACAUCAUAUGACACAUGAGGAUUGCCUACAGUAGCAAGGACAAAAUGACCUGUAUAUAUAUAUGGAAGUGCUGUGAAGCCAGAAGAUUGCCGAAGCCUGAUUUAUUGGUUACUGAAUCUCCCUAGAAAUAAAUACCUUCCUUGGCCUUUAGGUUUUAACCCUUUUAGAAAGAAGGUUUCUGACAUUUUAGCAGUAGACUGAAACUGAUGGCCUGCAAAUCCUUGUAAAAGACAGUUUCAGUAGCACCACUGCUGCAGCACACUGUACUUCCAUGUACGGUGUACUAAUAUGCACUGCACAUAUCAGUUGUCUUCUUACACUGUGCAAAUGUGGCCAUUUAUUUCUUAAAGAAUACCAUCACCUGAUGUAACCAGCAUGCGAUUUUUUUCCUUCCAAGCUUAUUGGGUUAUUUCAGGGGUGUAAAAUAUGCCUUUAUUCAUACAUCCGUACAAAUCGGACUUCUUUAACAGGGUUUAUUUCUAGACAUACAUCUCAAAACGUUUGAGCGAGACAGCAACUGACUGAAAGUUCUCACACUGAAUACCUCCAGUACAAGCGCUGCAUGAAUCAAGUGUUCUUAAGGCGUGUAUUUAGAGAUUAUUAAUUCAUAUACUGACUACUUUUCCUGAUUAGCUGAUAGAAAUUAAUGUUAAAUGUAGCAGUGUUUGCAUCCUGUGAUUGAGUCUGGUGAACAAGCCAUUACAUUUGAAUGAUCUACAUUAUUUACUAUCUUGAUCAUGUUGAGUAGCAUUUUCUACAGAGUUCUGUCAUACAUUUCCGCACAUUACUGCAAAUCAUUGUAUAAGAGCUCUGCUUCUUUAGGCCUUGGAAUCUGCAGUACUAAUGAAUACAUAGAGAAUUGCUUAUAUUUUAUAAGUAAUUCAUAACUCGUAUAUGAAAUGAUAUGAGAUGACAUUUUCGGCCUAAUGUAACUCCAACAAAUUCGAAACCAAUGAAGAUUUUAAGCAACUACUGAUACACAAAUUAUGUCAUAUCUGUGUGUAUGCCUGUACUAGAUGUCUGUCUGUUCUUGUGUGCAAAGUGUUUUAUCAUUGCUAUUAAAAUAUUAAUUUGUAAAAUAAAUUAACAUAUA